AUGGCUUCAACUUCUACCGACAUUGAAACACAGCAUCCUGCAAACCACUCCCCAGCGAAUCGCGACGCGACAACGCCGACGGAGCUCUCGAGCUCGUCCGAUUCUUCGGCUUCCAACGACGCAGAUAGUCUCGGCAUACACGCUCCCGUGCCCCAGAGACCACCUCUGCUUAGCCGGAAGAGCAGCGGGCCCCUCGUUAUCCCACGCGAUAGUGAGGUAGGCCCGGUCGAUAUUCAGUUCGGACCCGACGACGUACGCGCCAUGAGCCCGCGAAGGACGAGCGAGGAUAUCGAGGCUAUGGGGAGGGAAGCGCGGGAAGAGUUGAGAAGACAAGCAAAGGCGCUUCAAGACUCGCUCCUUGCCAUCUUCCAACGCAUCGAAGCCGUCAGAGAGGAGCACGACAAGCUGGACAGCAACAAUAAGUUCCUCCAGAAGUACAUUGGUGACUUGAUGAGCACCAGCAAGAUUACUGCGACCGAUACGCGACCGAAGAAAUAG